GCGACUAAAUAAUACAAAACAAUGUCUGACUACGGCGCUGACGACGAUCGCGAGCCUCUCAACGACGAGCCGGCCUUCGACGAGGACCCGGACGAGUACUACGAGCCGGAGCCGGAGCCGGCCGACGAGGACGAGGCGGCGCGGGAGGCCGAGCAGGACGGCGAGCACCAGGACGCCGACCACGUCAUCGCGUCGGGCGACCCCAACGCGACCGCCAACGUCGGCAAGGGCAGCGAGAAGUCGCACAAGGACAAGAAGAUCCCCAACGACCAGCGCACCACCACCCCCUUCAUGACCAAGUACGAGAAGGCGCGCAUCCUGGGCACCAGGGCCCUGCAGAUCAGCAUGAACGCGCCUGUCUUGGUCGACCUCGAGGGUGAGACGGACCCGCUGCAGAUCGCCAUCAAGGAGCUCAGGGAGAAGAAGAUCCCCCUCAUUGUGCGUCGGUACCUGCCCGAUGGAUACUACGAGGACUGGACCUGUGAAGAGCUCCUUCAAUGAUUCGUCGUGUGUAAGAAAACAAGAAAAAAAACCGAAACUGCAUUAGCGAUGGCGUUGGGGUGUUACUUUUUUUGCUUUUUUAUUUUUUUUAUUUUUUUUUCCCUCUGGUUUUCUUCUCUCUUUUGGGAAUAGGGAUGAUCGCAGAGAAAGGCCAGAAGCAUGCUGAAUCUUGUGGGUACUUCCCAGGCCUUUUUUCUCUUUGAGUUCGGAGGCUUUCUUCGACUUUGACGGAAACGGGACCCGAUUGAAAUUUGGGUGCUGAUGGGUGGAGAUGGUAGAUGUAGUUCUGAGAGAUGAGACUAUCAGAGUCUUAAUAGGACGUACUACACUACGGAGUUUAAGUCUGCAUAAAGCGGGUGAUGAAUCCAACGUCAGUCUUCC